AUGCUUCAUUACAAUACAACAACACAUGUAGCAGCAAUACUUAUGAUAUCUGAUAUUUCAAAUUCAGUUGCAAAUCAAUCGUUGGCGAAUGCUCCUACAUGGUCAAUACAGACUCAUCCUGUGUCAUUAGCUAGAAAUGUAUCAGAAAACAAGGCGCCGCCUGCUCAUAACUCUGUCAAGGUUGAAGGAACUGCUGGUGCAACUACUAUAUCAAGGGCAAGUCCACAAGUAACAACAACUCAGAGCAUUAGACCAUUUAUUACUCAAAUGGGACCUGGAAAUAUGUCUAGCAUGCACCAGCCAUUGCAGGGUGGAAACAUGGUUCAACCUCCUAUGAUUCCUAGUCACUCUGAUAUUGCAAAGGUUGUUCAGAAAUUGUUACUACCGAAGGUUCCUGACCAUCCUACAUGGACUCCUCCGUCAAGGGAUUAUAUGAGUAAGACUUUCACAUGUCAGACUUGUGAGCUCCCUGUCAAUGAGGUUGAUUCUGUUCUUAUGUGUGAUGCUUGUGAAAAGGGAUUUCACUUGAAGUGUCUGCAGCCAGCGGUCAUUAGAGGAAUUCAUAAUAGAGUUGAUUGGCACUGCAUGAGGUGCUUGAGUUUAAGCGGUGGAAAGCCUUUGCCUCCAAAAUAUGGCCGUGUGAUGAGAUCCUCAAUUACAUCACCAAGUUUUCCCUCUAAUACAGCUGGUAUUCAAUCAUCUUCAGAGAAGAAAGCAGAGAGCUUAGAUUCAAAGGGCAGCCCACAGAUGUUUACAUCAAGUGGAAACUCUGUUCCAACUGUUUCCAGUGCCAAUCACAAUACUGAGCCGUCAUUUGACUCAAAUACCCCUGAUAUGAGAGAUAUACAAGGUUCCAACUUUUCAUCUAGCAUUGAAACCAUUGAUGAGAAGCCUGAUCCAAGCAUAUGUAUGAAAUCUGCUGUUUGUAGUGCUAACACUGGCUUGCAGGGUGAAAGUUAUGCUGAACAAAUAGAUUCAAAGGCUUUGACUUCACAAGAUUCUCAAGCUGGGAUAACAGUGUCACACGACAAUGCUGAAAUAUCAUCAGAUAGACAUGUUAGCAGUAGUUUGACAAUUAGUAAUCAAAAGGAAUCUCAUGGAGGAGAAAAUAUAACUACUGAUAUCAACCACAAUGACCUAGAUGUUCCACAGCCAAAUUCUGUCGGAGUUUCUGGAACUAAUACUGAAGGUAUUCAGCACUCUGCUUUAUCUUCAGAUAGCUCACAUGCUGUAAAAUGGAUUGGUGAGAAAAAGUAUUAUCAAUCUUGCUGCAUUGAUGGAAAAACAUAUAGGCUGCAGGGUCAUGCUUUUUUCACAUCCCACCAUGGCAAAUUAACACCUUCUAAACUUCAGUCUAUGUGGGAGGAUUCCAAAACUGGGGUGAAGUGGGUUAAGGCAACCAAGUGCUACCUCCCUUAUGAUUUGCCGGGGAAUAUCGGUCAUCCUUGUAUAUCUGAAGUCAAUGAGUUUUGUGGUGAAUAUUUGACCCCUAGCAUCUAUUACUCUUUAACUGAAAAUUCUUUAGUCUACUGGAUUGAUGAAUCUAACGCAGUAAAUCAUUUGUGUGCCGCACUAAAAAUUUGGGAACAUUGGGCGCUAGAGCCUCUGUAA